ACAUUGGCUGGAAUUCCUCGUGCCCGUGAUCCCCAUUGCGCAAUAUUUAAUCCACUUCGUGUGGAACUCGAUGCUUUUCCGGGGGAAUGUGUUGCUAUGCAAUUGAUCGAAAAUGCGUUGGAUUCGAGACGUCGUGAAGUCACAAUGGAAAGUGGGCUUGAACAACUCGAGAGAAGUAUAGCACAGAUAAUUGAAUGGCUUGAGCGCCUACUAGAGUAUGUUAACGAAGUUACAUCUCGCGAUGAACUUCCUGCUGAUGCAACAAUGGGUCGUCGAUUGAUGGACAUUGUGAACACGGCAGCAACGCAUAUGCAAACAGAAAAAUUGGACAGUCUUGUUAAGAAUAGUCUCAGGGAUUAUAUGAUGAUCUCUUACCUGGCUAACCUUACCACUACCCAGCUUCAAGUGCAUGAGAGGAUGACAAACAUCUAG